AUGUGCGACCCACGCGACCAGCUCUCGUUUGCCUAUGACACCUACUACAAGCAACAAGGUCAAGCCGAUAGCGCCUGUGAUUUCGACGGUGCCGCGCAGCUGCAGAGUGCGAAGGAGCCAUCGGGCACCUGUGAUGACUUGAUAAAGCAGGCUGGCCCGGAUGGGAAAGGAACUGUUACCUCUGGACAACCUGGUUCGUCCCCCUCAUCUGCUGCUUUUACGACUACUAUUCCCGCGUUCAAUAUGGGAUUAAUUAGCGUGGGUGCUUAUGUUGUCUGUGGUGUUUUGGCCGGCCUUGGAAUCGUGUUGAUGUAA